ACCGUUUGAUCUCAAAUUAACGGUAUAUUAUGCAUUCCUGCGUGAAAUUGUGGCAUUCCCUAAUGCCGGAAUCCAGAUCCUACAUAGUUUUUCUUAUUUUAUUUUAAUUUGUAUAUGCAAUGUGUGACACUUGAAGAGGAGACAGGUGUCGUCGUCAUUGAUCUUACGUGGCAACUAGUGAUGUUGUGUUGUCCAGCUACGUGUUGGCGCAAAGAUACAUGCAUUCUCCACCGCCAAUAGCUUCUUUGCUUUUAUAAACAACAACAACAACAACGUUAAUAGUACUAGCUAGCUAACUCUUGUGUUUAAGGUAGAAGAACAAACAACAAUCAAUCAAUUUGUGAAGAACAAACAACGUUGUUUGAAAGAAAAUGGCGGGAGUGCAAAUAAAAGACGAGCAUGGAAACCCGAUUAAACUUACUGAUCAAUUUGGUAAUCCAGUUAAGUUAACCGAUGAACAUGGCAACCCUAUCACCCUCACCGGUGUAGCAACCACUGCCACAGCCACGACCACUACUCAUAAUCCAACUGCAGGUUCAGCUGGUUUUGGAACUUACGGUACCGGUGCUUAUGGUGGCGGUGCAACCACACACCCAACAACAACAGUGGCAGAUCUAUUGUCCACCGAACCUGCAAGCAAACAGCAUCUCCAUCGCACCGAUCAGGUUGCUGGAGGAGGGCAUCAUCGCUCCUCCAGUUCAAGCUCUAGCUCUUCGGAGGAUGAUGGACAAGGUGGGAGGAGGAAGAAGAAGGGAGUGAAGGAUAAAGUGAAGGAGAAGAUUCCAGGAGUGGGAGGCAAGGACCAUAAUUCACAGACAACCACAGCUCCGGCGGCUGCAACGGCAACUCAUCACUCAGCUGAGCCAACUCAUGAGAAGAAGGGUAUACUUGAUAAGAUCAAAGAAAAAUUGCCUGGUCACCACAACCACUGAACCUAUCCUAUAGCUAUUUUCUAUGUGCUCGUUUUGUACGUAACUAUUAUGUUAUGUUGUUUGUGUUUAUGAUUGAUUAGUUUUAUACAUUGUACUAAUUAAUCAUUAAUAACUAAACUAGUUAAAUUAGUUAUCAUGUUAUGUGAACACUAUGUAUGUCUAUGUGAUUUCACCAUCUUGUGAUUUAUGUACGGUAUACUAGUAUUAUUAUGUAAAAAGAAUUAAUAU